AUGGAUGACUGUGCCAAUGCUGCCAUGGAAUUGUACUUUGGACCUGGGAAAGCCUUAAGGACAAUUGCCUUCUGCUGCAAUGAGAAGUCCUGUGGCAGAGUUAAACCUAACUUGCCACCAUUAGAAGUGAUGAAUGGAAAGCAGUGCCCUGCCUGCCACGAAUGGUCAAGCACAUGCAAAGAGGUGGUGGUGAAUUGCACGGGAGCCAACAUAUACUGCUUUGAUGUAUCUGCACACGUGCAUUCUGGUAAGUGCAACCCCAGAUGCAGCAUGACUUGGACCCCAAUUCCCCCUUUCCACCUAUUUUCACAUAGGAGCAUGUGUAAGCCGAGCCAUGCUGAUUUAAGGCAUGCCACUCUUCAUUUCCAAAGACAAAAAACUGUGGACAGGACCCUUAAAGGCUGCACUAGUAGGUCCUUCUGUACCUUAUUAAAAACUGGCCCGCACUUCAUGUUGGGGGCUUCUGAUGAGCUUAGGAAGGCAGAAUGUUCACCAGAUGUUUCCCGGGGAGCUCAGUGCUCUGAUCUCCUCCUUCCAACCUUCUCUGGGCUCCUGCUCCUGAAGAUCCUCUCAUAAAAAGGCACUUGCAUGGGAUCGCAUCAGCUCUGUAUUCAAUCAAGCCUUCCUUCUAUCUAUAGGCAACUUUUUUCCAACUGCAGUUUG